UACCUACACCUGGGCACGCACGUGCUCUCUGCUCAUGACCGAAAGAAGUCGCACACAACAAUGGCAAGCUUCUCUCACGACAGCGCGUUGCUAUCACGCUUCGGUUACUUGCAGCGUAUGCUUCAGCUGCUAAUGCUGCUCAGAACUCCAAGUCGCUCAGGCGCCUUGCAGGUGACCAUGGUUCCCUACACACAGCCGGCCUGCCACCGAAUUACCUAUUCCCUCCCAACUCGGAUUCCUCCGCCGACCUAACUUCCCUCGACGUCCUGCUCUCUGGUCCCACCGGCACACCCUACAUGAACGGCGUUUGGCGGUUACACCUCGACAUACCACCUACAUAUCCCACAGCUGCCCCAACAGCCUUCUUCCGGACAAGAUGCUGGCAUCCGAACGUGGACGAAGCAACAGGCGCCGUCUGUGUAGAGACGCUCAAGCGCGACUGGAGCAGCACGCUCAAGUUACGAGACGUGCUUGUGACGAUAUCAUGUUUGCUCAUACAGCCGAAUCCUGCGAGUGCGCUCAACGAAGAGGCAGGCAAGCUUGCGAAUGAGGACUGGGCUGGAUUCUGCAGGCGAGCAAAGCUCAUGACUGAGAUCCAUGCUGCCGUGCCGAGCAACCUCGCGAAGGAGGUCAGGGAAGCACAGAUGCGCGGCGAGGAGAAGGAGGCAGAACCCGCACAGAACGAGCGGAAUCCUGAGGUUCGUGGGAAAGGAAAGGAGCGUAUCAAGGUCACACCUCCAGCAUCCUCGAAACCGCAACGUGCCCCGCUUGUUGAAGACGAAGAAAACACACGGCGCCAGGGACGCACGGCGGAACCAGAGAGCGACGAGAGCGACUGGAUACCUGGCCCAAAUAGUUCAGCUAGGAAAGCUCCUGGGCCAAAACAAGAAAACAACAUCUUUGGCAUCCGCGGUCUGGACCCUAGCGUAUCUCUCGAAGACGCAUCAAAGCGGGGUCUCCCCGUAGACUCGCAAACCGGUGGACUUGUGGCUCCAGAGCUCGAAAACACCGACCCUUUCACAACCGUGACAGCGAAACGCACACCACAUCCACAGACAUCCUUUGUCAUACCUAUAUCGCCCAACCUCACGACGUCACAACAGAACCCCACCGAUACGCCCGAGCUCCCUGAGUCCUCCCACCAGAACCCCUUUUCCGCCAUUCAACCAAAUCAUCAGCAACAUCUACUGCUCAAAGAGUUCUCGUACUCAUGGAGGGACUCAGAGAUCUUACACGAAACUGGUCUGAUCAAAGACAGUGAUAGUCGAGAUAGUGUGAGGAAAAGGCUAGCAGGUGAAGACUUCGAGAAGAAGCGGUCGUGGGAGAUGAAGCAUUUUAAGAAAGCUGGAUGCGACGUGAAGCGAUACAAUCGUGGGGACUUUGGGCCACGGACAGGAAUUGGGCGACUUUGAAUAGCUCCAGGCAUCAACUUUGGCGUUUUGGUUCUGCACGCAUAGCGACACCGGAGUUCUGGGUUCUGCUUUGGGUCUGGAUGAUGUUGAUGACAACGGCUGUGCAGGGGCAGAACACUCAAAAGUGGAUGUCUCUCCUGUUGAUGCCUUCAGCACGUCUACACAUUCUCUGUGACACCUGCAGAAGUACUGUAGUCUUCUGACACUAUUGAAUUGCAAGCUAGCGUU